AUGGUAGCUGCAAAUCGUGAGCAGGACAUCCCAUCCAUCUCUGACGACCAUUCCACCUCCGCAAUGAGCGUGCACCUAGAAAAGGGCCUGGAGGUGGGUGGUCAGCCGGACCAGCAGAAUGCCACGGAGUUCGUCGCUCCUGAAUCCCCUCAUGCCAACCUCCAACCCUGGGAGAAACUUGAAGCUUCAUGCCCACCAGUCAGUCCAGUCCCAGGACCCCCGCCUGACGGGGGAUUACAGGCAUGGAUGACUGUUUUGGGAGCGUUCUGUGGUCUGUUCGUCAGCUUCGGUUGGAUUAACUGUAUCGGUGUUUUCCAAGCAUACUAUGAAAGCCACCAAUUGAGCCAUCUAUCGCCCAGCACCAUAGCCUGGAUCCCCUCCCUCGAAACGUUUGUCAUGUUCUUCUUCGGUCCACUGUUCGGUACCCUUUUUGAUAUCUAUGGACCCCGUUGGAUCUUGCUCGCGGGGACAUUGCUCCACGUUUUCGGCCUCAUGAUGGCCUCUCUCUCGACAGAUUACUACCAAUUUAUCCUUUCUCAGGCUAUAUGCAGCCCUCUCGGCGCGAGCGCCAUAUUCAACGCCUCGAUCAACUCAGUCAGCGGCUGGUUCGCCAAGCGCCGAGCAUUCGCACUGGGCGUUGCAGCUUCAGGAUCGAGUUUAGGAGGUGUGAUCUUCCCUAUCAUGCUUUGGCUGGGCAAUGCGGAUAUGCGCCUUUCUUAUCCUCUUCAUGCUGGCAAUUGCAACCUUACGUUACGAUCCAGGCUGAAGCCGCAGAAGAUGGGGUUCGAUAUCAUGGCUUUCGUCCGGCCGCUUCAUGAUCUUAAGUUCGUCUUAACUGUAGCUGCGGCCUUUAGUUUCUUCUGGGGCAUGUUCUUGCCCUUUACAUUUGUGAUCACCUCUGGGGAGCGCUAUGGCAUGUCACAGAACAUGGCUUCAUAUCUUAUUCCCAUCCUGAACGCAGCUAGCAUCUUCGGCCGUACUCUUCCCGGCUACAUCGCAGACCGCAUAGGCCGAUACAACGUAAUGAUCAUCUUCAGCUAUCUCUCCGGAAUCCUCGUUCUAGCCCUCUGGCUCCCAUCCCGCGGGAACGCACCCAUAAUUGUCUUCAGCGCGCUGUAUGGCUUCGGCUCCGGAGCCUUCGUCUCGCUUGCCCCGGCCCUAAUCGCUCAAAUCUCCGACCUCCGUGAAGUUGGCGCGCGCAACGGAACGUGUUUCUCGAUUAUCUCUAUAGCAGCGCUGACAGGGUCCCCGAUUGGCGGGGCCUUGGUCCCCGAUAUGCUGCAUGGUUCAUAUACCCAAUUACAGGUGUUCUGCGGUGUGGUCAUGGUGGCCGGUGCGACGCUGUUUGUUGCCGCGCGGAUUGUUGUUGGGGGUAUGAAUUUGAAGAAAGUUUGA